UAAUGACUCCGUCCCCUUAUUUCUGGGAAAGGGCUCCUAAAUAGCAUUUGCAAUUAACAAAAAGAUUAUAACACUAAUUUCACAAACUCUAAAACACUCAGGGGACAACCUCCUUAUUGACAAUUCAUCAACAAUACAAAUAACAACAACAACAAAAUACAAGGAAAAAUCCUGCCUAUUGGCCCCAACAUAGGGAGUCCUGGGUAUAAAAAGCCCAGAUGGCAAGAAGUCAUCACAUCCUGAGAGCCUCGCCUGUGACCAGGACCCGCCUCCACACCUGACACCAUGACCCACUCCUGCUGCUCCCCCUGCUGCCAGCCCACCUGCUGCAGGACCACCACCUGCAGGACCACCUGCUGGAAGCCAGCCUGCAUCUCCAGCUGCUGCAGCUCCCCCUGCGGCCAGCCCAGCUGCUGUGGACAGACCAGCUGUGGCUCCAGCUGCUGCCAGCCCUGCUGCCGCCCGACCUGCUGUCAGACCACCUGCUGCAGGACCUCCUUCAAGCCCACCUGUGUGACCAGCUGCUACAGCACCCCUUGCUGCCAGCCUAGGUGCUGCGUGUCCAGCUGCUGCCAGCCCAGCUGCUGUCAGUCCAGCUGCUGCCAGCCCAGCUGCUGCCAGCCAAGCUGCUGUCAGUCCAGCUGCUGCCAGCCCAGCUGCUGCCAACCCAGCUGCUGUGAGUCUAGCUGCUGUGGCCAAACCAGCUGUGGGUCCAGCUGCUGCCAGCCCACCUGCUGCAGAACCACCUGCUGGAAACCCACCUGUGUGACCAGCUGCUGCAGCGCCCCUUGCUGCCAGCCCAGCUGCUGCUGCCAGCCUUCUUGCUGCUGACCGGUUCCCCAGAAGAUCACCGUCGUCACAUGGCACUGACUUGCUGGUAAUCACCUCCUAGACUCUGCUGACAGCCAGUAUGCUCUCUCUGAAAUUGCUCUUAUGACUCCGCUUAUAUAAAAGUUUGCAAUUAGCUUUAUGGUGUGCGAAGCACUUCCUCCCGUUUUUCUUCUUUCUUACGUUCUGCGGAUCAAGUGUCAUCUUCAUAUGUCCUGGAUUUGGAGCUACAAUUUCAGCUUUGACUCAAGAGCUUCACUCUUUCUUUAUAUAACUUACAAAAACAACUUCUCACAGGUCUCCCAUAGAUUUAUGUAGCUGGUUGAUGAUCUUCGUGACUGUGUUUUCCUCCUUCAGUGCACUCAUGUUUCUGGUGUCCCCUGCUUUGCUCUAUUCCUGACCACUUUGAGUCUCCUCCUCUGCAGCAGGAAUCUUGCCUGUAUGCAUCUUAAUAAACUCUGAAGCAUCAAUCCUCACACACUGUUUCGUUUUGUUGUGUAGAAGAUCGGAGCUUAAACGUGCCUGCAGGUUGCACACCAAGCGCAUGUGUCUUUCUCGGUGUCACACUCGCUAUUCUUCAGUUAGAAACAGCUCAGGUAGCCAUCAUGGAGAGAGUGGAGGCAGGACAGGGUCCUGUGUGUCUGCUCAAGGACACCUGCAAUGACAUCUUAAGGUAGGCAGCAGUCUUACCUUUGGUUUCCAGGCCCUGCCAGGCUGAGUUUGCUGUCCUCGAUCAUUUGUGACUAUUACUGAGUAGAGAUGCACGGGAGAUGCAGUAGUCUGGUGAACCUCCUCAGCUCCACGUACAGUUCCCCCUCCAUCAUAAAAUUAUCCUUUGCUAAAUAACAACACCUUCCUUUCGUCUCAACUACUG